GGUAAUAACGCAGCUGGCAAUUGCCCAAUACAAUCCAUCCGAAAUCUGAUCUUCAUUAAUAAUUAAAUUUCAUACGAAAUACAAUAACUAAAAAAUCGACUCAUAAACUGCUGUCCGCCGAGUUCAUACAUACCUCAUAAUAACAUAACAAUAGUUGGCCAUAAUGCUAAUAAUUUACCUUGCUCUUGUAUAUUCGCUAAUUGUAGCUGUAUGUGCCAAUACCGAAAAGGCAAUCUUCUUAGGACCACCUACAGCUAGUAUCCCCCUUUCCCAUCCGACCCUGGGCGACUUACACGUCGAUACCCUCACACCUACUAAUGGGGCGAUACGGACCCAUGUCGAGGCCCAAUUUCCCAAUAUCUCGUUGCCGCAUGGCAAAGCUACUUGGCUCGUUCUGGAUGAGCUGACUGAGGGUCAGCGUUACGAAGUGAGAGUAUGCUGGGCUGCAACCCAACCUACCGAGUUUAGAGUCGCCACCUAUGAGCUACAAACCCUCCUAGAGACCCCAGAACUAUUAUCUAAGCUCUCAGAGUACUCACAGUUCCGUCGGUCUCUAGAUGAUGAUCCUAGAUCCCAAUCUAGGUCCACCGGAGGCGCCCAAGCGCUAAGGUCUGAGAGGAAGACAUCAGUCCUUUUCCUCCAAAUUCUAGCUGCGGCAGAUUACUACACAAUGAACAAGACGCUAAUGAAAGAUGUUCCACCGGUUCAUGUGGAUAUCAUUCUCGAUCCCUUUGUCUUCGGCUUACUUCCUCGUUCACUAUUACCAACUGUAGGCUAUGUUAUCGUGGUAGCCAUCGCAUCGUGGUUUAUCGCACGAUAUAUCUCAGUACGCAUUCGCAACCUAGCAGCAGAAACAACACCCGAGAAGAAAAUUCAGUGACGUGGUAAAAAAGACUUCAGCCACGGCCUCUUAUAUUUGCCUUCUAGAUCCAAACGAAAGCAUCACCUAGUCCUAAUCAUCAUAACUCGUAAUACGCG